AUGCCUCUCUCUGGAACCGUGAGUGUCACCGCGACAUCGUCGCCGUAUCAGACGCCGACAGUACCGUCUACCAGAGAAGUCAUCCAAGGGUUCUUGAAUGCACUGAGCAUCUCCAAGCCGACAUACGUACAAGAUCAUGAACUCAGGUCUCGAGUGAAGGCAAUCGCCAGCAACUGGGAUUUUGCGGAAAAAAUGCGUCCGCAAAUUCUCCUAGGAGUUACGCUUUCCGAGACCAGCUAUACCCAUAUCACCAACGUCGACGCGAGGGCUGCCAUCGCGCUGUAUUGUGCGCUCAUUGCCUACCUCGACGACAUCAACCUGUUCAACUCCCUGUCCGCACGGGACUUCCCUCGGCAGCUGUGUUGCCCGUCGCCAAAGGACUCCACCUUCGUCGUCGCUUUACGAGAGGUGCUGCACAGCAUGUGGACUUAUUAUCCCGAGUUUGGAGCCAACGCCGUCUUCAUCGGUGCUUUAGGGUACUUCAAUGGUGCUAUGCUAGAGACCGCACCUGACCAGGGCGGUGCCAUACACCCACGCACGUUGCCAUUUGUGGUGAUGAGGAGGGAUCUCGGGGGGCUCCCGGACCCAUUCACAUGCUUCAUUUGGGAGAAGUCGGUCUUCCCGGAGGAGAAGAUAUAUGUGGAAGUGAUCCCGGAUGCGCGCAUAUACAUCAAUUAUCUGAAUGACAUACUUUCGUGCUACAAGGAGGAAUUGGACGGAGACACGGACAACUACAUCUAUGCGCGCGCGACAGUUACAGGAAAGAACGUGUCCGAGACACUCCACGACGUCAUCGACGAAUGGUUCGUUGCUCGAGACAGAAUCCGCGAAAUGGUUCCUCCAGGGCCCGCGAGGGAGGCCUGGGACAGCUUCGAAACUGGCUUUGUCAGUCUGCAUCUGGUGCUGCCUCGCUAUCGACUCCAGGAGCUACUUGGCGGAGAAUACUUAGCUACCGGCCUCUGA